CGUUCGGUUGAGCUCCAAGUAGACCAGCGGCAGCGGCAGCGGCGGCGGCAGCGGUGCCGGAGGCGCAGAGGGCGGCGCAGGCGGAGCCGGGCGGGCGGGCGCGCGAGCGAGCCAGCGGGCAGCCGGGCCGGCGGGCGAGCGGCCGCGGCACCGGCACCCCAGGCCGAGCCGGCGCGGGAGGACUUCCAGGGAGAUGGGGCCGCGGCCGGGGCUGACGCUUUGACAGCUGGAAAGAGCGCGGAGCCAGCGCCUGGGGGGGAGGGAGGGGAGCGCGGCGAGGAGAGCGCGAGCGAGUGAGCGCCGGGGAGGGGAUCGGGAGCGAGGGGGCAGCUCGGGAGCAGCCGGAGAGGUAGCGGCGGCGGCGGCGGCGGCGGCGGCGGCGGCGAGGCUCGGCGCCUUCUCUGCAAACCAUGUUUGCCAAAGGCAAAGGCUCGGCGGUGCCCUCGGACGGGCAGGCUCGGGAAAAGUUAGCUUUAUAUGUCUACGAAUAUUUACUGCACGUAGGAGCACAGAAAUCUGCACAGACCUUCUUGUCGGAGAUUCGAUGGGAAAAAAACAUCACGUUGGGAGAACCGCCUGGGUUUUUGCACUCGUGGUGGUGUGUAUUUUGGGACCUUUACUGUGCAGCUCCUGAAAGGCGAGACACUUGUGAACAUUCAAGUGAAGCAAAAGCCUUUCAUGAUUACAGUGCAGCAGCUGCCCCGAGCCCCGUGCUUGGCAACAUUCCCCCCAACGAUGGGAUGCCGGGAGGCCCCAUCCCACCGGGUUUCUUUCAGGGUCCUCCGGGGUCACAGCCCUCGCCGCACGCACAGCCUCCACCUCACAAUCCCAGCAGCAUGAUGGGACCCCACAGUCAGCCUUUUAUGUCACCACGAUACGCAGGCGGCCCCAGGCCCCCGAUCAGAAUGGGAAACCAGCCUCCGGGAGGAGUUCCUGGGACACAGCCACUGCUGCCCAAUUCCAUGGAUCCCACCCGACAACAAGGGCACCCCAACAUGGGAGGAUCAAUGCAGAGAAUGAACCCUCCCCGAGGCAUGGGGCCCAUGGGGCCCGGCCCACAGACUGACCCUUGGUUAUCGUUGCAGAAUUACGGCAGCGGCAUGAGACCACCACCCAGCUCCCUUGGCCCCGCUAUGCCCGGCAUUAACAUGGGCCCGGGAGCCGGCAGACCCUGGCCCAAUCCUAACAGUGCUAACUCAAUUCCGUACUCCUCCUCGUCACCUGGUACCUAUGUGGGACCCCCUGGUGGUGGCGGCCCCCCAGGAACACCCAUCAUGCCUAGCCCUGCAGAUUCAACAAAUUCCAGUGACAACAUCUACACAAUGAUUAAUCCGGUGCCGCCUGGAGGCAGCCGGUCCAAUUUCCCGAUGGGUCCAGGCUCGGAUGGCCCCAUGGGAGGCAUGGGUGGCAUGGAGCCGCACCACAUGAACGGAUCAUUAGGGUCGGGUGACAUAGAUGGACUUCCAAAAAAUUCUCCUAACAACAUAAGUGGCAUUAGCAAUCCUCCAGGUACCCCUCGAGAUGACGGGGAGCUAGGAGGGAACUUCCUCCACUCCUUCCAGAACGACAAUUAUUCUCCAAGCAUGACGAUGAGUGUGUGAUCCCCCUCCUCUUCUCCAAGACGCUGAGAGAGCCGGCAUUGCAGGCGAGAAGAUGCCAGAAAUUAUGCAAGAAGAAAUGAGGUGUCAUUACCCAGGAGCUGGGGGAGGGGCGUCUUCCCGUUUCCCCUCACCCCCACCCUCUCCCUCCAUUUCUCCCUGUCCCAAUUUUCGUUUCAUGCAAUAAAAAGGCCGAACUUUUUAUUCCAUAAAACAUGAAGGACAAAACUCAAAAUAAUAACUUUCAAGUCAACUACCAGAAAAAUCCCAUCCUUUGCCCUUUCUCAAAAGGACCUUUUAUGUACAUGACACUUUUUUGUUGUUUUUGUUUGGGGUUUUACCGUUGUUGGGAUUUUUUUUAUUUGUUUUCAGGGGGGAUUUUUUUGGGGAAAAAUUUUUAAAAAUGGAAUCUUCUAGCAAGCCCCCCUCACCCCACCCCAAUCAACCUCUUUGCUUUCUUCUUUAAAAAAAAAAAAAAAAGGACAAAAAAACCCCAAGGCCCACUGUGUGUGUGUACCCAAGCCCUUCCACCAGGAAAGCUAGUCUAGGUGUGAGAUUUCACGCUGUCUUUGUAGCCAUCUAAAAACAAUAAUAAUAAUAAACUGGGCAGUUUACAAUUGGUGGUUUCUUUCAAAAGGCCUUUUUUGGAAAGAAAGGAAGUUACCCUUUUCCACUUGGGGAUUUUUGGUUUGUGCAGAUGGGCAAGGGAGGGGCAGGGGCCUGUUUUGUUUUUGCUUGGUUUCUGCACAACUUGGACCCCAGGCCUCGCGCCCACCCCCGUGGUGGCCAGAGGGGGCCCAACCGCUUUCGGGAUUCCGCCACAGCAGAGACUCAUGGUGAUGGUGGCGUGCACCAUGUCCCCAGGACUGCUUCCUCUUCUCUCUGCCGGACACCCCUCUGCCCCGGCCUCCUGCGCUCCAGCACCCCCUCAGCCCCCACCCCCGUCUUCCCAGAGAGAAUCCUGCCAGCUGGGCUGGGCUGGGCGGUGGCCUGGAGCGCAGGGGGCAGGCCGCCCCGACAGGGUGGCUGUGACCUGCGACAUAGAAGCUGUGCCCUCCGCGUUCUCGUCCCAGUGGCCCUCGCAUCCUCCUCAUCGUGUGUGCGGGCAGUGUAGGACUGGAGUUUGGGUUUUUUGUUUUUUCUCUUCUUCCUUUUUUUUUCAAAGAUGGGGUAUUGACCAGAGUUGCUCUGUAUAUGCUUGGAACUGGAUGGAGAGACUUUGGAACAGCUGUGGGGGGCCGGGGGGACACCAACAACCGAACAGACGUGCUGUUUCCGGUCCUGUUUUUAUUUUCAAAAACCGACAAGCACGACAGUGGAGCCUGUGUCCCACCCCCGGGAGGGGUGACUCACGGCCUCCCUCCUCACUCCCCCACUGGAACCUCCGUGUCUUGCCCUGAAGGCACCCGAAUUCUUUGUACAUUUACACCCCUGCGCCCCCUCCCCGUAGCUGGUCUUUGUUUUCUCCCCUCCCCUUUCUGACCCAUGUAUAUCAUAUUAUGUGCGAUAUCAUCUGCCUGAAAAAAGACCUUGUGCCGAUUAUUGGGAACAUUGUAGCUGUUCUGUGUUUUUUCUUACCCUGUAGUCUGGUUCUGAAUUAAGAGAGGAAAAAAAAAAGUAAUUAUGAUACAUUGUAGUUUGUGUACGAUAUAUGUUGAUAACGUUUUAUUAAAGGGACAUCUUUUUUCCGCA